AUCGGUUCAUCGACAAUGGCGAAUUUCAGAAGGGCUCUGUUCAGCUUCCAUCGAUUCCUCAAUUCCACAUCUACACCCGCUCGGAUCACCCCUAUCAUCAGGCCUUGCGUUGGUCCAUUUUCGCGUUUUUGUUCUUCUAAUCAGUCGCUGGAUAUUGAUCUCUCCAACGAAGAAAACAAAAGGCGGUUAUUUAACAGGCUGUUAUAUAGAAGCAAGCAAAGAGGGUUUCUUGAGCUGGACUUGGUUUUGGGGAAAUGGGUUGAGGAGCAUAUCCACUCUUUGGAUGAAAAUGGAAUUAAGUCCCUUGUUAGUGUACUUGACCAGGAAAACCCGGAUUUGUGGAAGUGGCUUUCUGACCAGGAGAAACCGCCUGAGGCAAUGAACAUCAAUCCUGUUUUUUGUGCUGUACGUGAAAAAGUUGUGAACAACCUUAACAAUUACGCGGCUCCGGAGACACGGGCAACACCUGAACAACAAUGGGUGAGAGGAUGGGAUGAUUUCAAGAAAGGACAAGAUGGCCCUGUAUCUGGGAAUCAGUAGCUUGCCGUCCCUCAAAACUAUUUUGUAUAGUGGUUUGUUUUCUUUUGCAGCUAAUAAUGAAUGUUGUUACUUGUGAUGGAUAUAGUACCUUAUUUAGGAUUGGUGAUCCUAAUGUAAUAAAAAACUGGCCAAGGUGAAAGCCAAGAGAAGUGAGAAGCAAGAACCUUGUUCCCACUUCCAGGCCUGUGCGCUGUUCUUAACAAUUCCCAUAGAGAGUUUUCCUUCUUGAUGUAGUUGUGCUUCAGAUGCUUGAUCAUAGCAGUGAAAAAUCUGAUUCCAUGUUUUCGUUUCAA